UCACGUGACCAGCAACCUCGCCAGUAGCGGAUAUAUGGCACUUGUUCGGAACGUGUGUUGAGAAGCGGAACAGUGUAGCCUCUGUCUGUAGAUCAGAAUAUUGUAACAUCGAGAACUCGCCAGGAUGCACAGGUCAUACACAUCCAUAUUACCCACGUCCAACAAGUUAUUACAACAGCGGUGGGACUCCACAUACUACAAUGAGCACAGACGGAAGGUGAAAGAUGCAGCACCGAUGGUGGAUACGAAGGCUCCUCCAACAUACAUGCACCUGCAUCUGAAGCUGAAGAAGCUGCAGCUUGAGGAAGAGAGGCUGGCUACCAUCGAGAGAGACAACCGUAUUCUCCUGGAGAAGAUGUCGUACAUCAUGAGGACAAGAGGACGAGUGGACAACAGGAACAACUACGAGUACAGGAGUUUGAAUCGAGAGAAGCGUCAGCGAGAACUGCUGCGCGUGACUGAGGAAAACCAGUCGAUACUGCGGCGUAUCACAAACCGCGGGGCCGAGUAUAGCGCCGAUCAACUGCAGCGGGACUGGAAGGCUAACCAGAAGUUCAUGGACAGUAUCUCCCGCUUCCCACAGGACUGGUGGGUGAACGAUAAGGACACGGACAAGUACAAGAAGAACAGUCGGAGAAGUUGCGCUGUGUCGCAGAGGAAGCAGCGUCAAAAGGACAACGCGUCGGUGAAGAGUGACUCCCCACAGGAGGAAGAUGAAGACACGGUGAAGACCAAUAGCGAUAAUGAUAAAGACAAAACUAAGAACACAAAAAGCAAGAAAGACUCCAACAACAGAAAAGAAGCAAAGAAAGAAACAAAAGAUUCUAAAAAGGGAGGAAAGACAGAAGAGGAAACGGAAAAGAAGGACGAAGAGCCUGAAGAUGAAGAUAAACAAACUGUUAAAGCAUGAAAAAGUUAGAUAUGUAAAUACUGUUACUGAUCAGUGAUGAGAAUAUGAUAACCACAGUUAGGGCCACAUCUUUCUGUCUGUGAGCCCUAAGUGAGCACUUGUGUAAAGUUUUCGUCAGAUUAUUGGCAAAAGGUUUGUAUACAUUUCAUUUUCAUUUUUUGAUAUUUGGAUUAGAAUUAAUCAUGUUAAUGGUGAUUUUGUUCUCAGAAUUUGAAAUGUUUCAUCUUUUUGUGUUUUCGAGUUGUGUAAACUGGCUAGCUCAGUCUGAUGGGUGUGGGGUUUAAUUCAGUGGACUGGAUGACCGCUGCACAAGUUGUGAUCAGCAGACACUGUAUAAUGAUGUUCUCCUCAUUAUAACCCAAUCAGUGCUUAUUGCUGACAUUCUGCCCCAAUCUGCCACUGAGAAAAUGUUUGUUGUAGAUUGCACAUUUUCAGAGAUACAUUCGGCUGUCAGUCUUAUGUUUACAUGAAAAGGCAUUUAUAGUAUUUUUCAACAUACAGGUGAAAUAGGUAUUAUGGAAGAUGUAUGAUUUCUCAUGUACAUGUGUUAUUUCAUAAUUAGAAGUUGAGAAUUAGGGACAGUGGUCAUAUUGCUUUGACUGAAAAUCCUUUCUUAUCAUAAGCAUCAUAAUUUGCUUUUAUUUUCCCACGAUAUUGACAGAAUUGGUUAAUGUUCCUUCCGUUGGGAUGUUAGACUUGAUGGGUAUCUGUGAUGGUCCUACUUCACCUGUCCGCGUGGGUAGCAAGGACUUGUUUUGAGUUGUGUGUCUGUUAUUGUUUCUUUUGAUCUGUGAUAAUUGUUAUAUUCUACUCGUUGAGAAUGACAAAAUAUUUGUUUAUUGUUUGCCUUGUUAAAUAAUGUGGCAUCCCCACCUGCGAUGGUGAUGCUGCGUGUUGAUGAUGGUGAUGCUGCGUGUUGAUGAUGAUGAUGAGAUGACUGUGUAUGUAACUCAGUGUCGCAAAGGAGCAUGCAUAAUAUGAGCUAAAGUUUCAUGUGAAUGACCAUUUGAAAAUGAAUGGGAAUGUAUGCAGCAAUCUGAUUGAUUGAAAAACAUCAAUUUGAUCUCAGAGAUCGUUGGGACUUUACACAGCAUGUGGAUUCUUUUCUUGGUACACGUCUUUUUUUCGGCAUUCCAGAAUUUGAAAAGUAUGAAAAAAAAUUCAAAAUGGACACCACACUAGUGAUGCCAUUCAUUCCAGAUGUAUUUUCAGAGCAAAAACUCUGUAACAAGACUGAAAACACAUAAUGUUAAUAUCCUAGUGACUAGCAAGUAAUGGACGUAGCAACAUGAAACUGGCUGUGUACAGUUGACUCUGAAGAAAGGAACUGUUUCCAAGGCAGAGGCGAGUCUUAAUGCCUACACUCUGGCAGGUUCUGUUUACAAACAUUUGAGUUCCUUCCCACAUCAUACAUCCCGUGUUUCGAUUGGUCGUCUGUUCAGAUCCUGCUGCAGUCAUUCACUUUUGGUCGUCUCAACCAAACGCCAAAGUUCAAUUUUUCAAUUUCAAAUAAAAUGUUUACCGGGGUACAUACCUUGUUGCUUUUGUUCUUUGAAAUAAUUCUAAAAAAAUUGCUACUUGCUCCCUCACCUGUUUCAUGACAACAUGCCCAUGAAACUGUUGUCUUAUUCAGCCUUAGAUAUAUAUGUUAUUUGCUCAAACUAAGAUCUAGUUACAGAACGAUGUUAGUCAUUAUUGCUCAUUUCUGUACCCUUGCUACUUCUGUGCUUGAAUUAUAUACUUAUUCAAGUGUUACCACAAGUACAUCAGAUUGGGAGGUGUGGUCUGACUAAAGGUGAACUAGCAAUUGUUUCUUAGUGGUGUGAAGUUAUUUAUAUUGUUAUCUAUAAUAAAGAGGCACGUAUAUGUUGAGAAAUAUUUCUUAUUGCCAAGACAAAUCAGUUGUAUGUAAUUAAUUAUUCCUGCUCUGAAAAUAGGCUACCAGUAUCUAGAACAAUAUAACAGUCGGACGUGUUUAUAUUUACACUCUUGUGUGCCUUAUAGAUGUAUAAUACUAAGCACUUUCUUCUUAGUGGCCAAAAGACUGGCAUAAAGCAUAACUAAGUACAUCUUUCCUUUGAUUUCAUCUACCAUAGUUAUGCAUAUAAGAAUUAUCUAUAAGAAUGUUUAACAAUUGUGAUAGAAGAAAAUGUAUGUUGGACUAUAUGCUCAUUGUUGUAGUUAUUUGGGGCCGGGAAUUGUUUUUUAAUGUUCUAUCAUCAUGUUUAAAGGAAAACGUAUUUAUUUCAAAAUAUUACAAAUAUUCCUGAUGAUUUAAGAUGUUGAAUAAUGUGUUUUAUCCAUGUGUAUAACUUGUAUUGACCGCAUCAGAGGAAGUCAUUCUGUUAUAUCCAUAUGUGUAUAACAUAUUUAUUAACGCAUCACAGGAAGUCAUUCUGUUAUAUCACGCCGAAGACCCGGGUUCGAUUCCCCACAUGGGCACAAUGUGUGAAGCCCAUUUCUGGUGUCCCCCGCCGUGAUAUUGCUGGAAUAUUGCUAAAAGCGGCGUAAAACUAAACUCAGUCAGUCAGUCAUUCUGUUAUAUCCAUGUGUGUAUAACAUAAUUAUUACCGUAUCACAGGAAAUCAUUCUGUUAUAUCCAUGCGUGUAUAACAUAAUUAUUACCGUAUCACAGGAAGUCAUUCUGUUAUAUCCAUGUGUGUAUAACAUAAUUAUUACCGCAUCACAGGAAGUCAUUCUGUUAUACCAAUGUGUGUAUAACAUAAUUAUUACCGCAUCACAGGAAGUGAUUCUGUUAUAUCCAUGCGUGUAUAACAUAAUUAUUACAUCACAGGAAGUCAUUCUGUUAUAUCCAUGCGUGUAUAACAAUUAUUACCGCAUCACAGGAAGUCAUUUUGUUAUAUCCAUGCGUGUAUAACAUAAUUAUUACCGCAUCACAGGAAGUCAUUCUGUUAUAUCCAUGCGUGUAUAACAUAAUGUUUACUGCAUCACAGGAAGUCAUUCUGUUAUAUCCACAUUUUUAUAAUUUUUACCCACUGCAUUGGAAGACGUCGCUUGGUUACAUCGUUUGUUUACACUUGUUUGUCAGCUGGUAGUGAGACAGAUCAUCCAUCUUCCCAUCCCUGUCGGUCUUCAGGGAAACAGUAUCCCGGAUCCAUCACAGGUUGUUAGUUCUAUGAAUGGAGUGCUAAGUGUUGUGAUCAAUUAUUCAGUGAUCAUUAGCAGCGGACUGUUUACCACAUAAGUGUUAUGUCAAUAAUUCACAGUGUUGUGUAUGAUGUUAAGGAGUUAACUGAAAGACCAAACAUCAUAUCAAUAAUUUAAUCAUCCUUUAAACUUGUGUAGCUGUUGAAAUCCUCUUGAAAUUAUGCUUUUCAGUUGAUUCAUGUUUGUGAGUUGGUACAGAGGAGAGUUGUCAGGAGUCUGUUUACUUUCAUGUUUUGAGCCAUGAAAUAUUCAACACUGACAGUUUAACAGUAGACUGACAAGCUUUUGUACCAAUUGUUGUUUAAAUAAACAAAGACAGAGUGAGAUGAAUCAGAGUCUACGAGUUCAGACUUUGUAGGAUGUCUAUGUUAUCACUAUUCAGGUUUGUAGUCAGCCGCCUAACCCGCUCAGCCACCACGACUCCCAGAUGGGACUCAACCCAACGGGGAAAAAAACGUACUAGAAUUUGUACUUUACUAAGAAAGUGUAAUCCCAAAUAUAACAUAUGUUACAUUUGACCACUUUCUAAAAUGGCAUUGUGUAAUCAAAACAUUCACUUACCACAUUGGAGGCCCGGGUUCUACUCCCCAUAUGGGCAGUGCUUGUAGUCCACCGCUGGUGUCCCUGCUAUGACACUGAAAUAUUGGAUAAAAUGGCAUAAAACUCUGCUCACUCACUCAGUCGACAUUGAUUAUUGAACAGUGUUAUCACAUGAAGUGUAUCAGUACGGCCCAGAUUGUUGUAUCUAUGCCUUAUAUCAGAACAACUUCAUGACCAUUGAUGCUAUAUAAUCUUACCACCAGUAUUAUGAGAUAACAGUGCGACUCUACAACGACCUUGGUGAUUAUAUCUUCAAUGACCUUCAGGGUAAACGUAUACUACACUAUACCAUACAUUCCUAAUAUUAAAUUUCUUUACAUAUUACAUUCCUAAUGGUCAUUCCUUGUACAAAAUUUCAAGAUACUAUACAUUCCUAACUCUGUAUAUUUGGAAAUAAUGGAUAAUAAUAAUUAUGAUGAUAAUAAUAAUGCAUGAAUGGAGAUGCGUAAUACAUAUAUAGGUAAACAUGUGAAUGACGGAGAUCAAUUCAUUACAAAGAUACACCUAUAGACUAAAAUGGUUGUCAUGCCUAUGUACACAUUUUUAAGUCAGCAUCACCAAUUUCUGUCCCAACUUUUCUCUACUCUUGACAUAUUUCAUGUUUUGUCAUACCUCAUCUGUUUUGAAUGAAAGAAAGCUUUAAGGAUGGAUGUGGUUUCUGAAAAGCCAACUAAACAUUCCUGUAAAGAUAAACCAAAAAUAAUUGACGUAGCUGCCUGCUCUGUCAUUGAAGAAACUAAUGAACACUGGCACAACUCCCUUUAAACAAUUUUCCUGUUCGAACCCGGAAAGUCUGUUUUUGAAAGGGUUGUUUACAGUAUUACAUGUGUUUGUUAUCUUGUGGUGAAACACCUCAUAACUGGUUGAGGAUCAGCUUCAGAAUGUGUCCUUGGUGAAUAUUGUAUCUCUACAGGACAUACAUUUACAGGGAAAGUGGUGUUAAUAACAGCUCACUGUUAUAUUUAUAUUUGAAAACUGUUGGAGUUGUUGAAGUCAUGUAGAGAGGAAACUUGUUUGUUUACUCAGUAUCUAGUUGUCUUGGAAAGACAUUUAUUCAUGCAAAUUAGGUACAUGUAUAUGCCUUUAUUAUUUUAACAGUAUUACAUCAUUAAGCUUGUUUGUUGAUGACAUCACCAGUGUUUGCUGUCUAUUCUUUCACUGCACUGUUAAUAACAUUCUAUGGAAUAAAUUUUGUACUUAA